GCUAUGAGUAUUAACAAACACCACCUAACCGAUGCAAUCAAAUAAUUUCAAAAUGGGCGACUCAGAAAAAGCUAGUUUUUCUUUCAAGAAAAUUACAAGAAAGCGGGUUGUUAGAAAGCAGCGAAAUGACAGCAGCAGUAAUGAGGAUUCAGGAAAAAGUGAUAGUGAUGAUGGUAAUGUGGCAGUCAGGCAAAAAAUCUCUCAGAAGAAAAUCAAUCCUAUGGUGCAGUCAACAAAAAGAAUAAAGUUAGCCACAAGUGCUCACUUGAGCUCCUCCAGUGAUGCAGAUAGUGAUAGGGAAGAUGUUAGCAAAGUUACAGUUUCUUACAAGUCAUCUCGGACAGGGAAACGUGAGGGACCAGAUGAUAUGGGAGCCACCUCGGUGGUGGAGGUUGAUACACAGAAUGACAGAGAUGCUCAGGCCAUACUGGAGCGCAGCUUGCUCAUUCAAAAGGAGUUGAAGGAGAAGGAGGAUGACAAAAUCUACAGGGGAAUCAACAACUACCACCAAUAUUAUGAGAAAAAAGAUUCCAUCCAGGGCAACGCAGAAAGUGGAAAAAGCAGAUACGGUCCAUUGCGUGCUCCUGCACAUCUGAGAUCCACUGUCCGUUGGGAUUAUCAACCGGAUAUAUGUAAAGAUUAUAAGGAAACAGGAUUUUGUGGCUUUGGAGAUUCGUGCAAGUUUCUCCAUGACAGAUCUGAUUACAAGCACGGCUGGCAGCUAGAGAGAGAGAUGGAGCAGGGAACAUAUGGACAGAGAGAUGAACAGAACUAUGAGAUCAGCAGUGAUGAGGAUGACUUCCCAUUUAAAUGUUUUAUUUGUCGCAACUCCUUUAAAGACCCUGUUGUCACGAAGUGUAAACACUACUUCUGUGAAAAAUGUGCCUUAGAUUUGUACAAAAAGUCCAAGCGUUGUUUUGUAUGUGGAGAACCAACUGGUGGAAUAUACAACCCUGCUAAAGAACUGAUUUCCAAGCUGGAGAAAAUGAAACAAAAAGAUGACAUCCCAGACAACAACAGUGAUGAUGGUGCUGGCUAACAUCAUGAUGUUACACAUCACUCACACACACUCACAGAUCCACUGUAAAUUGUAAAUAAAC